ACCCAGGUAUCCGGCCCCUGUCUUGGACCCCCUUCGAGGCCCCAGGGGUCUCCACCCCAGCCCAACUCCAGGGCCCCAGGGAGGGGAGGGGCUGUGAUGCUGGGUCUGGAAGGGGCUGAGCUGUGAGCUAUAAAGGGGACAUCAGCACCGGGGGACUCCAGGCAGCUUGACCUGAAGACGCCGGGACUACAGCAUGUACCAUCCCCGAGAGUUGUACCCCUCGCUGGGGCCUGGCUACCGUCUGGGGCCCCCGCAGCCCGGGGCCGACUCCAGCUUCCCCCCUGCCCUGGCAGAGGGCUACCACUACUCGGAUCUGGACACCCCCAAACUGGAUUGCUUCCUUUCUGGGAUUGAGGCUGCCCCUCGAACCCUGGCGGCGCCCCCACCUCUGCCCCUUCUGCCCCCGGCGCUGGGCACUGAGCCGGCCCCACCAGCCCCGGAGGCUCCUCACUUGCUCCCCGGGGUCAGCCUGAGCUUGGAGAACCAGGAGCUGUGGAAGGAGUUCAGCUCUGUGGGAACAGAAAUGAUCAUCACCAAAGCGGGCAGGCGCAUGUUUCCUGCUUGCCGAGUGUCGGUCACCGGCCUGGACCCCGAGGCCCGCUACCUGUUCCUUCUGGACGUGGUGCCAGUGGACGGGGCUCGCUACCGCUGGCAGGGCCGGCGCUGGGAGCCCAGCGGCAAGGCGGAGCCCCGCCUACCUGACCGGGUCUACAUCCACCCGGACUCUCCUGCCACCGGGGCUCACUGGAUGCGGCAGCCCGUGUCCUUCCAUCGCGUCAAGCUCACCAACAGCACACUGGACCCGCACGGCCACCUCAUCCUGCACUCCAUGCACAAGUACCAGCCACGCAUCCACCUGGUGCGGGCCGCCCAGCUGUGCAGCCAACACUGGGGCGGCGUGGCCUCCUUCCGCUUCCCCGAGACCACGUUCAUCUCCGUGACAGCCUACCAGAACCCACGGAUCACACAGCUGAAGAUCGCAGCCAAUCCCUUUGCCAAAGGCUUCCGGGAGAACGGCAGGAACUGUAAGAGGGAGCGGGACGCCCGUGUGAAGAGGAAACUUCGGGGCCCAGAGUCGGGAGGCACCGAGGCCUACGGGAGUGCAGAUAUGCCAGGGGGUCCCUGCGACUCCACCCUGGGUGGGGACGCGCGUGAGUCAGAGGCGGAGCAGGCCCCGGCACCCCGGGAAGCUGCCCCUGCCCCAGCUCCGCCAUGCGGUGGCCCCAGCGCCGAGGCCUACCUCCUGCACCCUGCAGCCUUCCAUGGGGCCUCGGGGCACCUCCCCAGCAGGAACCCCAGCUUCACGGAGGCUCCAGACUCUGGGCGCCCAGCACCCUACUCUGCAGCCUUUCUGGAGCUGCAGCCCGGGCCAGGGGGCUCAGGGUACCCGGCGGCCCCACCUGCUGCAUCCUUUGCCCCACACUUCCUCCAAGGGGGCCCCUUCCCCCUACCGUACCCUGGGCCUGGGAGUUACCUGGAUGUGGGCUCCAAGCCCAUGUACUGAGCCACUGCUGGGCCCCUCAGCACCGCCCCCCCAAUCUACCACAAACCUCCAGGCCCUUCCCCCAGCCCUUCAGCCCCCUCGUUCUGCUGGCCCCACCCCCCACACCAAAUGGCUGCCUUGGGCCUUGCCCCUGCCCCCCCACUUCACACUUUGAUUUUCACUCCCACCCACCACUGGCUUCAAAGCCCAGGCCAGGCUGCUGGGAGUCCAGCUGGGGCCAGCUUCCCCUUCCCGGCUCUCACCUCGGUGUGAAUGGGGGAGGCUCUGCCUGGCCAAAUGGGGCCGCAGACCCGCACCCCCACCUCCCGGGGCGGGCGGCCCACCUGGGCAAGUGCUCCCCGGCCACCGGCGCCCGCCUCGCCAGUUUGUUCUCAGGGGCAGUUAUUUUUGUUAAUAAAAUGCAGAAG